GACGAGGCAUAUAAAACCGAUGUGGACGUCUCCACUGUUUACAGUUUCUAAAGUUACCUUACUGAAUAGGUGGUGAACAGUGCUACACAGCGAAGCAAACAUUAGCUGACGCUGAAUGCUUUACAAUAGCUGAAGCUUUAUAACAGAAUUAAUACAUUUUGCCCACUCACAGCUGGAAACAAACCUUUACGUGCAGUUCAGUUUUUUUGUGUAUUUUUCCGAAUUGCAGAUCAAACCAAAAAGCAAAUAUGGUUGCUAUGACAAAGAAAGUGAAGACCUUUGAGGUCACAUUCAGCGAUCCAACCAAGAAUUACUAUUCUAGCGGGGAUAAAGUAGCCGGGAGAAUCGUGGUGGAAGUGUCCGAGCUGACCAAGGUUUCGGCUAUGAAAAUUAUUGGAGCUGGAUGCGCAAAAGUGGAAUACGCCAAAGGCAAACAGCGUUGCCGUGAAGAGAUCGAAUACCUGAAAUACGAAGAAAUCGUUCACCUGGACGACCAGCCAAUAGAUGUGGAUGGAACUGUUACCCUCAGACCAGGCAAAAGAUAUGAAUAUAUUUUUGGAUUUGAGCUUCCUCAGCAUGGGCAGCUGGUGUCUUCUUACAAGGGUAAAUUCGGUUAUGUACAAUACUACGUGAAAGCAGUCAUGGAGAGGCCCUCCCAGCCAGCCCUGGAAUGCAAGAAGAAUUUUGAGGUGGAAGAACCCUUGGAUGUGAACACCACAGACCUCAUGGCACCUGUCGGUGGGACAAAGGAGAAGAAGGUGACCUGCAUGUUCAUUCCUGAUGGCCAGGUUUCUCUGACUGCCAAGAUCGACCGCAAAGGCUUCUGUGAGGGUGAGGAGAUCUGCAUCAAUGCCAAGUUUGAGAACACAUGCUCCCGCAUUGUGGUGCCCAAGGCUGCCAUCGUCGCCAAGCACACCUACCAGGCCAAUGGCCGCACCAAAGUCUUCCGCCAGAAGCUCACCUCCGUCCGGGGCAAUCACAUCAUCUCGGGCAUGUGUGAUGCCUGGCAGGGAAAGACCAUGCGUGUGCCCAAGAUCAAACCCUCCAUCCUGGGCUGCAACAUUAUCCGUGUGGAGUACGCUCUCAUGAUCUAUGUCCACAUCCCUGGCAGUGACAAGCUGAUCCUGGAGCUGCCGCUAGUUAUCGGGACCAUCCCCUACAAUGGAUUCGGCAGUCGCACCAACAGCAUGAGCAGCCAGGAGGGCAGCACGGCUUCCAACAGCUGGGUGUCCCUCGGCAUGCCCUCCGCCCCGCCCAGUUACAGCGACAUCUCCCGCGACUACAGGCUGGACUCCCCCAUGACUCCCCUGCUGGACGACUACGAUGGCAGUGACAGCCCCAUCUUCAUGCACGCUCCGGAGUUCCAGUACCCACCUCCACCUGCUUACACUGAGGUUGACGAGGACUACAAUGGCAAUGCCCAAAUGCUGCAGGUCUGCUGAACUGUUGCAGGUCCUCAGAACUUUGACCUAUCCUAUGGGGACACAUCUCUGUGAAAGGGCAGAAAGAAAAGGGGACUGCCAGCAAGUAAGAGUUGAGAGCAGCACUGGAUGGACUGGAAGAGUGGGAUCUCUCCGUGUGAGAACUUGCCUCUAGGUGGAAGAGGAGGCAGAAGAGAUUAAGAAGCAAAAAUGAAUGGAAAGCUUCUAGCCUUCACUGUUAGCCAUGGUUUGUCUUGUGCUGCAUAUGGAGCCAAACUUUAAAGCACUUAUCCUUUUUAUUACCUGGCUCCUAAAAGAACUUCUGUGGUGUGCUGUACCUUAAAUUGUGAAAGGGCUGCUCUUUAGAAGGUGCUUGCUAUUCAGGGCCACCUCAGUAUUUCAUUUGUCUUUACCCUUUAAACUGAAGAUUUGAUAGGAUUUUUGUUUUUAGGAAAGGCAACCAUGUAGGCACUCUUAUUUUGAAAGGGGAACUGUAACCUGGUGGCCUUCUGAAAACCCCAAAGUUAUCUUGGUUCUCUCGCUAUCAACACACUACUAACUUGGUCCGUCCAUCCAUUUUCAAAGCUUUAGUCAUUCCAUAUGAAUCCUGUAUUUUGGCAUUAAUGAAGAUUUGAGUAGGAGCCGUAUUAUGUCUUGGAAUACAGGCAGAAAGAUAUUUUUCAUUUUAUACAUGGAAAUUUGUACAUAACUAUUCAGUUUGGUUGGAUCUAAUACUUUACAGACUGCAUGUGAAUGUUCCUGUAUUUAGGAACUGUCAUGCUGCAUCAUUGGAAAUGCUGCAUCAUUUGCUGUGUACCAGUAUUUUCAGAUUGUUGUUUGUUUUUGUAUGAUUUUGCACUUAAGGAUGCAUAUUGAUGCUGCCUAUCGAAAAGAAUAGAUAUUCUUGUACCUCUAGUCUUCCAGAUCUGAAAAUUUCAGGGAAAAUGUAAUGUUACGGAUUCCUGGUAUGUUGGAGCAUGUGUCAGGGUUCAAAUACCCAUUACACUCGCUAAUAACCUCAUUGCAAGAUCUACAAGCCUUCAUUUUAUUUCAGGGCAAACCAGUUGUACAAUAAAUAGAGCGAGCCAAAUAAUUUUGACACUGCAAGUGCCAAAUAAGGCUAAAAGCCUCAUGCCUGACACAUGCUUUUUGAUAUUAUUAGUCCUUAUAACGUAUGGCCUUUCUCCUAGAAGGUAUUUCCUUCUUUCUUCAAAUUGGGUUAAAUUGAACACAGUCCUGUGCAAAUGUGUUUUGUAUUUAUUGAAAAUGAUGUGUGUGUGUGUACUUUUUUAUGAAACCCUAUGGGUUAGUUUUCUAUACAAGACAAAUAAAAUGACGUUAUGAACAUGA